AUGUCGAUCACUCACAUUGUUCUGUUUCAAUUCAAAGCUGACCUGGCUGCGGAGGUCAUCAAUGAUGCCUGCUCUCGCAUGCUGUCUCUCCGAGACAAUUGCCUCCACCCGACAUCCCAGAAGCCCUAUAUCAAAACAUCAUCUGGUGGAGUAGACAACUCCCCUGAAGGUGCUCAACACGAAAUCACACAUGCAUUUGUUGUCGAAUUCAGCAAUGCUGCGGAUCGAGACUACUAUGUUAGCAAAGACCCCGUGCACCAGGAAUUUGUCAAGAGUCUCGGCGGACUGCUCGAGAAGGCCCAAGUGAUCGACUUUACAGAUGGUGUCUUUGGAAAAUAG